UAGAUCCUUUCGUAACACUAAGUACUGUACGAGGAUCUGCGGCUCCGCCCCGGAGCCUGCCAUCUUCCUAACCAUCUGAAUGGCCGGACCCACUCCGCGGUGCAUGCUGGGAUUAGGGUGGAGCCGUGGGCGCUGCCAUGUUUUUGUACGGCGGAAGCGCAAAGCAUGCUGGGGUUGGCGUUUUCGAAGACGCCCUCGGCGGGAAGUCUUAAACUGGAACCGGAGUGAGUUCGCUCUGAAGAGAAAGCAAACCGGGUAGCGCACGCCCUUAAUCUCAGCACUCGGGAGACAGAGGCAGGGAAAGGGAGAGAGAGAAAGCAGGACCCGGGUAGCCGGCUUCGCCGUCCUGCACAGAUCCUGCGGUGCUCGGGGGAAGCCCGGCUGCAGCCGAGCGGCCGUGGCGGUGAGUCAAGGACGUUUGGGUUCGUAUUAAACUUGCCCUGGCCGGCACCUGAGCUCAAGAGAUGGCGUCUGCGAAUACUUUGUGUCAAGGCGGGGAGAGCAAAGGAGGUGUUCUAGCUCACCUGGAAAGACUAGAGGCUCAAAUGAACAGAUCAAGGAAAAAGUUUGAAGAUCCGACAGUUCACACAAAGGAAAGUUCUCUUAGAACCAGGAUUCAGGAACUGCGGAAGCAGCGAGAAGAGCUGAGGGCUGAAGUGAAGCGGCGGCGGCAAGCUAGAGUUAAAGCAUCUUUGGCCAGUGAAGACCCAAACAGCACAGUAGAGACCAGUGAGCAAGAGGCCUUGGAAAGGCAGUGGAGGAACAUGAAAGCCAUUCUGCAGGCCUAUCGUUUUACAGGACUCAGCGGGAAGCUGACCAGCCGUGGAGUGUGUAUGUGCAUCAGCACUGCCUUUGAGGGGAAGCUACUGGAUUCCUACUUUGUAGACCUCAUCAUAGAGAAACCGCUUCGGAUUCAUCACCACUCCAUCCCAGUCUUCAUCCCUCUAGAAAAGAUAGCCAGAGCAUACCUACAGACUGACAUCCAGCACUUCCUGUUUAGUCUCUGCGAGUACCUAAACGCCUACUCGGGGAGGAAGUACCAGAUAGACCAACUUGAGAUGGACUUCAGCGCCUUCCUCACUGGACCUCUGCAGAGAAACGCCCUGUGCAACUUGCUGUCGUUUACCUAUAAAGUGAAUCAGGGGCGCCAGACCUCCUCCUUUAGUGCCAGACUGCUGUAUGAGGACCUGACAGCAACUCUUCCCACGGAUGUCACUGUGACGUGCCCAGGGACAGAAGCGCCACCCCCUCACUGGGAAGAGCACAGAGCAUCCCAUGACAUGCUCUUCCGCACCAAGCCCCUGCACAAGGUGUUUGCUUCAUUUUCAAAAGAAGUUGAAGAGCUAGAUUUGAGCCUGGUCUCCUGGGAAAGACUACCUGGGACACAUCUGAAGUGAUUAUAUUCAUGCUGCCUGCAGUCCAGGACCUGUCAGCAAAAGCUGUGGAGAGAGAACGCUUGCCUGGAUACCAUCCUUGUCAUGAUUCUAGAUGCCCAUGCCGUCAGGAUGACAAGGAGUUUGUUGUGCGUGUCUGUAGACACCGGGCGAUUUGGACAGGUCCUUGGUUGCCUGGUCACUCAGUACAGUGCUCCAGAGCAUCUCUUCCUCCACAGGUGGCAGCUGAUUUGAUCGUAUGUAUGUAUUCUCGCUGAAAAUCAGCUAAAUUGGGAGUAAUUAAAGACAUUUUGUGAGCAUCUCUAGCUUUGGUGGGAGCUGUAAAUCUACCAUAGGGCUUGUGUCUAAGAAGGGAAAGUGUUUAAUCUUGGGUUUGGGGUAGCAUGUUCUAGGCCACUAUUUGGUGGGAGAAACUACUUUUUAUGUGUAUUUAAUAUUUUGUGUUCUAAAAUAUCUUGGUUGAGUGUUGAAUGCAUGAAGUCACUUUGAGAAAGCAUUGUUAGAAAUCUACACUUCAGUCAGUGGACCCUUCCCUGUUGUGCUCCUGCAAGCUCCAGGCAGGCACAGCUGGCUAUCUGGUCCUUUUCCCACUCCUAGGUGCUUUUAACAUAGCCUUUCCUCCUAACCAUGGGUGUCUAGUGUGCAGCAUGCACUGUUCUUGGCUUAGGAUUUCUUGACAUCUG